UGCUUGCGGCUCGAGCUGCGCGGAUGGCGGGGCCGGUGAAGGACCGCGAGGCCUUUCAAAGACUCAGCUUCUUGUACCAGGCCGCCCACUGUGUCCUUGCACAGGCUCCCGAGAACCAGGCGCUGGCGAGGUUUUACUGCCACACGGAGAGGACCAUCGCGAAGCGGCUAGUCUUGCGGCAUGCGGCAGCCCCGGACCACCUUCCCCCUCCACCCCCCAGGGACCCCUCGAUGAAGAGGACCCUCUGUCGUGGCUGCUCUUCCCUCCUCAUCCCGGGCCUUACCUGCACCCAGCGCCAGAGACGCCACAGGGGACAGUGCUGGACAGUACAGACCUGCCUAACAUGCCAGCGCAGCCAACGGUUCCUCAACGAUCCUGAACAUCUGCUCUGGGGAGACCGGCCUGAGGCACAGCUGGGGAGCCAGGCAGAUCUCAAACCACCACAGCCCCUGCCAAACACAGCCCACCCCAUUCCAGACCACCUUCCUGAGGAGAAGAUACAACGUCAGAGCUCCAGUCACCAGUGAUGGAUUCACCCCAUCUUCCAAAUAAAUAAAGUUCAAUUCUCUUUUA